GCACCGGCCUGUCUCGUACUAUGUCGGCAUGUGGUUAAAUGUGGGCCCGUGGGGGCGUUCAUGUCCACGAAGCGACCGUUAAAUCAAUUCCUCAAGGAGAGUAGUUUGUAUGGCGCGGUGAUAUUAGUUAGACUACAGUUAACGUCCUGUUGGUUUUCGCUGAGCUGCUGUAACUAACUGUAACUGCAGUGACUACCACAGACCUUCAGUUUGUUAAAGCUAACUUCAGCAUUAGGCUAAACAUGUCACUAUUAGAGACCUUUCACGAGCAUUUUCGUGAUUUUCCCCUCUCAUUUAUAUGAUAUACUGUCUUAAACUAGGCCAGUGCUUUGAGUUAAAGUAGUCCGACACCUGAUAUUACCAGGCUUGCUGACGGAAGACGUACACACCACAUGCCCAGACCAUUUGGAACAGCAACUUUGACAUUUACAUGACAGACAGUGUGUGAAGGAGGCUGAGCUGCAUGUCACACUAUCCUGGCCCGGCCUGCAGCUGCUGAUCAGCAGAUAGACAGAGCGCCCAGCCUGCUUGAGGAGAGCUGAUGUAUUUGAUCACUGCUGCCCAUCCAAAGCUACAUCUGGUUUCACAUCACAUGUUCUCCUGAGAACACUCCAACAACACCUGUUGAGACCAGAACUCCACUCAGCUUGAGGAUCCGAAUAAAAGACCCAGCCGACGGAAGGAGUCUGAGGACAUAAUCGCUGUUUUUCCCUUGUCGUCCUUGAAGUUUCUUGUUGGAUCAAGUGCAGUCAUGGCGGGUUACACCUACUAUCGGGUCGCCAUCUUCUUGUGCAUGUUCACUGGCUACUCGCUGUACUUCUUUAACAGGAAGACGUUCUCCUUCGUCAUGCCGUCUGUGAUGGAAGAAAUUGACCUGGACAAAGAUGACUUGGGUCUGAUCACCAGCAGCCAGACCAUGGCCUACGCCAUCAGUAAGUUCAUCAGCGGCGUGCUUUCGGAUCAAAUCAGCGCCCGCUGGCUUUUCUCCAUCGGCCUCUUCUUGGUGGGAGGCAUCAACAUCGCCUUCUCCUGGUCCUCCACUGUGUCCAUGUUUUCUCUGCUGUGGUUCAUCAACGGCCUGGGACAGGGCUGUGGCUGGCCCCCCUGUGGGAAAGUGCUGCGCAAGUGGUUUGAGCCCUCCCAGUUUGGAACAUGGUGGUCCGUGCUCUCCUGCAGCAUGAACCUGGCCGGGAGUCUGGGUCCAAUCCUGGUCACGGUGCUCCUGCAGUACUAUGACUGGAGGACUAUUCUGACCAUGUCGGGCAUUUUCUGCGCCUCCUUCUCAUUUGUUUGCCUGGUGUUUGUAAAGAAUGACCCGAAGGACGUGGGUCUGCCCAGCGUCGGGGUCGUGGCAAAGAAAGGAGCGAAGGGAGGCAACAAUGAGAGCACGCUGAGGGAAUUCCUCCUCUCUCCGUUCCUGUGGGUCCUGUCUUUGGGCUACUUGGUGGUGUUUGGGGUGAAGACGGCCGCCACUGACUGGGGCCAGCUGUUCCUCAUGCAGGAGAAAGGCCAAACUGUUCUAAUGGGCAGCACUUACAUGAGUGCCUUGGAGGUGGGAGGAUUCGUUGGCAGCCUCGCGUCAGGCUUCAUCUCAGACAGAGCGGUCGCUCGGCAAGGUCUGGGCACACACGGCAACCCCAGACAUGGUCUGCUCAUUUUCAUGAUGGCUGGUAUGUUUGUGUCCAUGUACCUCUUCAGAGUUACCAUCACACCAGAAAUACCACAGGAGGCUCCUCUUUGGGUUCAAAUCAUUCACCCGGUGUCUGUCCUCAUUGGAGUGUCCGAAAAAGAGAUUUGGAUCCUCUUCCUUGGUGCUGUAUUUGGAUUUUCUUCUUAUGGACCAAUUGCCCUGUUUGGGGUGAUCGCCAGUGAAAGUGCUCCUCCCAAUUUCUGUGGAACCUCUCAUGCUGUUGUGGCCCUGAUGGCUAAUGUGGGGGCUUUCAUGGCAGGGCUUCCCUUCAGCACGAUUGCCAAACAACACAGCUGGGACAUGGCGUUCUGGGUCGCUGAGGUGGCAAUGGCUACAGCGACCAUCGGGUUCUUCCUCGUACGGAACAUGCGCACAAAAAUGGGACGGAUCGCAGAGAAAAUGGACUAAUGUACCCUGGUCUGAAAC